GAGAGAGAGAGAGAGUCAGGCAGGACGACAGAGAAAGUGAAAGGGAACAGGGCUGGUGUACAUGACCCCGCUAGGUCUUGACACUGAAUACAGUUUAAAUGCUGACUGGUGUCAGUGCGAGCAUAAGGGUAGAGCUCUGAAGACCGAGCCCCCCACCCCCACCCUGGGGACUGCUCCCGGGAAACUUGGCAUUAACCAGCGAGUGGCAGAAUCUCAAUGGACAGCAGCAAAGCAAUAGACCUCUAGCACAAGGAGGCACCUCUACCCUGGACACAUUCCCCUGCUCCCCGUGGCCACUGCCUCCUUUAUCAGCCUGGCAUAGGAUGGGGAGGCAGAGUGGCACCCUGGCUUAACCCAGUAAAAUGCCAGCUCCUUGACUGCAGUGAGGGCGCAGGCUGUGGGGGCAGGAGACAGUCGAGCUGGUGACACAAUGAGGGCUGGAUUGAUGGUCUUUACACUGCUCCUGAACUCUGCGCUGACCACCUUAGCCCAGAACAAAGCUGCAUUGAGGAGGACAGAGGAAACUGACUGUAACUGCGCCUUCAGAAUGCCCACCCCUGAGGAGACACGAUGGAGGGGUGGCAAGGCUUGGGCCGGGGGCUUUCAGCCACAGGAGAUGGCGAGUUCUGGGUCAAAGUGCAAGUGCUACUGUGGGGUUGACCCAUGUGAAGGCAAGAGUGAAUGGAGAGCAACGAGGACAAAGUUACAAGCCUUGGACUUGACGACAAUCCAGACGCUGGCUACUGACCUCCAAAAGAUCUUUGACAACGCCGAGAUGAAGAGACUAAAUUCCUACUCGGCCAAACUCAACAGUCAACUGAAGAAGCUGGAGAAGAGGCUGGAACGUAAUGUUCCCAGCGUCAACCCACUCCUGAGGGAGACCUUUGAGAGGAUUGUUCAGCAUCAUUUCGUCUACCAGAACUUCUCCAUCACCAUGAGGAAUGUCAGGAAGGAGAUCAGCAAACUCAACUUCCUACUGCAGAAGCAUCAACUCUCCCCACCGGAUAAAACCACAAAGGACGUGACCAAGUUGAGCACUAGCAAGCCAUCAUCUUGGAGUGGGAAGCCAUUGAAGAAUGUCAGCCCAAACUAUUUGCUCAGUUCGCAGUCCCCUGUCACUCAGAAGCCCAGGAUGCAACUGCACACACCCACUGCUCACCCCAUAGUGUCCAUCUCCAAGGCAGUUACUGGAAAACCUCCGGAUGAGAAUGGAAACAUGAUUCAAGAAGACAGCUGCGAUGGAACUCCAGUGAUGAUCAGGAACCCGAAGACACACAGCAGCUACGGGCGUGGGGAAGGUGUCUGGAUGAAGGACCCGGUGGUCAAUCAGGAGCGAGUGUAUGUGGCCAACUAUUUCUUUGGCACCACGUUGAUCGAGUUCCGCAGCCAGGAGCAUUUCAAACUGGGCCGGUGGUGCAACACAUACAAACUUCCGUACAGCUGGAUGGGGACGGGCCACGCAGUUUACAAUGGCUCCUUCUAUUACAACAAGGCCUACACGCGGAACAUCAUCCGAUAUGACCUGCGGCAGCGGACGGCUGCCAGUUGGGCCUCGCUGGAUGAUCUGGUGACUGGGCCCACCAGGCUCUUUGGGUGGAAGGGCUACUCCGAGGUGGACUUCACGGUGGACGAGGGAGGCCUCUGGGUGGCCUACUUCUCCAACGACUUUGGCUACCUCCCUGAGGAGAUCUUGGUGCUCAGCCAGCUGGACCCCAUUGACUUAACCAUCAGGAAAGAGACCACUUGGAAAACCCAACUGCGGCGGCCCUCCUAUGGCAACUACUUCCUGAUCUGUGGGGUCUUCUACGCGGUGGGCCUGAGGGAGCAGAAAGAAGGCACCAUCACCUAUGCCUUUGACACCCACACCGGUUUUGAGUCAAACCCAGGGCUGGUCAUCCACAGCAAGUACUCUUACCUCACCCAGAUAGACUACAACCCAACAGACAAGCUCCUUUAUGCUUGGGACAAUGGAUUCCAAGUCACGUACGAUGUUAUGUUUGCUUACUGACUCCCUGUGCGUGAUUCCACCAUAGUACGGCAGCAAGCUCCAGUAUUAGAGAGUUUCACAACACAGAAACAGACCAUUCGGCCCAACUGGUUCUUACCAGUAUGGAUGCCCCAUGCAAGCUGCCUCUCACCGCUCUUCAUCUCAUCCCAUUAACCUAUUCUUUUCUCCCUCUUCUGCUUAUCUGGCCUCCCCUCAAUGCAUCCAACUCAAGACGGAGGUCCCCCCCACCACCAUCCCCC